CUCAUUAUCUCUAAAUAAAAAAUGUUUCCCGCUUUUUUUACUCUAUUCGCGCUUCUUAAAUCCAAUCUCAAUCCCCAAUUGCAUAUUCAGAUUAAGUGCUUAACAAAAAGUUUCUUCCAAUUUUAACCCUCUUUCACCUUUGAAAUUCCCAUGCCCUGUUCCGCUUGAACCUUGGUCUUCAACAGCUUCCGCAACCUUCAGAGAACGCUGCCUCAUGAGUCACUUCACUGGGUCUUCUUCUUCCAUUUCCAUCAACUGAGUCGCUCAAUCAUCUGCUUUCUAGCACUGUCGACGAUUCAACUCACCACCUUACCACUGCAUCAAUUACUUCAGUUUCAUUUAUUAUUAGAAAGAAAAGAAUGAAUUCUACUAAAGAUGAGUGCAAAAAGGUUAGAUUAAGAAGAAAAUCAAUAUUACUGCUGAAAAGAGGGCGACAAAAAAAACUGGUGACUCUCAAACUAAUGAAAGGAAUAUGAAAAAUUUAGGAAAAAGAAAAGUGCUAGCUGAAAUCACUAAUAGAGAGUCAAAAAAGAAAAAGAUUUUCAUUGGUAUUGGAGAAAAUUAAAAAAAAGCUGCAAGGAUAGAGAGUUUGUUGCAAGUACUUCAUACCUACCAGCACAUAUGUUGACUGAUGAACUUGAAAGACUAGAGUCUUUUACACAAAUAUUUUUUAAUCCAAAUGCAUUUCAAUAUGGAGUAGCUGCUGGUCAAGAUUAUUCAAAUACAAAGAAAUCUAUGACACAUCCAAGUUGUCAUUUAUCUUCUGGACGACAUGUGAUCAGUGGGAUGAAGUUAUUUUCUCAAGAUUCUGAAUUUGAUAUUUUAGAAGAUGGAUUAGUUUCUGUUAGAGUUGAUUAUGAUUUCAACUAUGAUGAUAUUUCUGCUUCUCAAAAAUUUUACUCUCUGAGCAUUGGUUUAUAUGAAAGUAACACUGAUUUUCAAGAAGGUAAUGGUCACCAAGAAAAUAACUUUCAGUUCACAUAUGGAGAUUAUUUUGAUUUUGGUGAUCCAAUUUCAAUUUGUCAAGAGUGUGGUGCUUUAAUGUGGUAUGAUGAAAGAAAUCGAAAAAAUAGAAAUUAUAUCAUUCCAGAGUUUAGUCUAUGCUGCAGUUUAGGAAAAGUGCAAUUGCCUUUUCUAACAGAGCCUCCUGAAGUUCUAAAAGAGUUACUUUAUGACUAUGGUUCAAAGCAUUACAAGAAUUUUCAAAAUAAUAUCAGAGCAUAUAAUCAAAUGUUUGCAUUUACUUCUUCUGCUGGAAAGGUGGACUCAUCUAUAAACAAAGGCCAUAGACGUGCUCCAACGGUCUACAAGAUUAGUGGAGAAAAUAUUCAUUAUAUUGGUAGUUUAAUGCCUAUGCCCGGUGAAAAACCUAAGUUUGCUCAGUUGUAUAUCUAUGACACAGAAAACGAAGUAAACAAUAGAAUAGCACCAUUUAGGUCAAAUGAUUCUGAAUAUGCUAUUGACUCUGAGAUUGUUGGCAAGUUACAAAAGAUGUUAGAUGAGAAUAAUGCUUUGGCAAAAUCAUUUAGAAUGGCGAAAGAAAGAUUUGCAGGUUCUAAUACAGAACAUGUAAGGUUGAAGCUUUUAAGUUCAAGGUAAAAAGAUAGAAGAAUUUAUAAUUUGCCUGAUGUUUCUGAAGUGGCAGCUUUAGUUGUUGGUGAUAUUGAUUCUCUUUCAUCAACCAGAGAUAUAAUCUUAGAAAGGCAAGAUGGUCGCUUAAAGCGUAUGAAUGAGAUUCAUGUUGCUUAUCUUGGUUUACAAUAUCCACUUCUUUUUUCAUAUGGAGAAGAUGGCUACAGAAUUGAUAUUCAACAUAAAAUCAUCGGGAGUUUGAAACCUAACAAGAGGAGCAAAUUGACCAUGCGACAAUUUUUUGCAUUUAGGCUUCAAACCAGGAAAACAGAAGCUCCAACAAUACUGGUUUCUAAAAAACUUUU